CCGUAAUGAUUAACAACAUGGCAGUAAAGGCGUCUUUUUAACUCUGUCUCCCCUUUGCGUCGCCUCACUUUCUCUGUUCGUCGCCUCUUUUUUCGAUUUCCCCGAUCGGCAGCAAAAUGAAAUUCGACAACGUACUUUCUGAAAUCAAUGGAUUUGGGAAAUUCCAAGUGAGGCUCUUCUUGAUCCAGAUGCUCUCUCUGAUCACUCUGCCGUGCCACUUCCUGCUGAACAACUUCAUGGCGGCCGUCCCCCCUCACCACUGCAACAUCAGCGCCCUGGAAGAUGGAGGCGUCUUUGGAAAUCUGACUCUACACCAGAAGCUGUCGGUUUCCAUUCCAACGGAGCGAGAUGGGACUCUUAGUUCGUGCCAGAUGUUUGCAACGCCCCAAUAUGAGUAUUUAUCGGGCUCAAACAGCAGCCAGGAGGCAUCUCUUGUUAAGUGUCAGAGCGGAUGGGUGUAUGACAACAGCACCUUUAAAGCUACGCUGGUAACAGAGUGGGAUCUUGUCUGCAGCAGAAAGGGGAUGAACAAGGCGACGGCUACAAUAUUCUUUAUUGGUGUCAUGAUUGGAGCUCCACUAUUUGGGUUUCUGAGUGACAGGUUUGGGCGACGAAGACUGCUGCUGGUGUCUUACAUAUCAUCCUUGACGUUUGCGAUUCUCAGCGCUUUCUCCACAUCGUAUGUAAUGUUCAGCAUCAUGAGAUUCCUUACAGGAAUGUCCCUGGCAGGCAUCAGCAUUAUCUCCAUUGCUUUAAAUGUUGAAUGGUGUAGCAUAGAGCGCAGGACUUUCUCAGGCGUGAUCAUAAGCCUGGACUGGAGCCUGGGGAACUGGCUUCUGACAGGGAUCGCGUUCUUGGUGAGGGACUGGAGGAUGCUCAUUGUGGUUGUUUCGUCGCCCCUGAUUCUGGCCAUCUUUGCUUGGCGGUGGCUUCCAGAGUCUGCUAGGUGGCUUGUGGCAAAGAAGAAGGCAGAUGCUGCACAUCAUUACAUCAUGAAAUGUGCCGAGACGAACAACCGGUCCAAGUGUAUUAGUACCAUCACACCAAAGAUGUUACUGGAAUCUGCAGAAACCGAUAAUGGAGAGAAGAAGUACAGCGUUGUAGAUCUUUUCAGGACCCCAAACAUCAGAAAACUGGCAAUAUGCUCAGGGAUAGUUUGGUUUGGUGUAGCAUUUACCUAUUAUGGGAUAAGCCUAAACAUAACAGGGUUUGGACUAAAUCCGUUCCUCACACAAUUCAUCUUUGCUUCAAUCGAAAUGCCGAUGAAGAUUGGCGUCUAUUUCUUUUUGGAGAAAAUCGGCCGAAGGCGCUGUGAGAUGGCAACUCUGCUGUCCGCCGGUCUUUGUCUGUUCAUCAACAUUUUCAUUUCACAAGAUAAGUGGGUCAUUCGUACCGUUGUGGCCGUCCUUGGAAAGUCAAUGUCGGAGGCCUCCUUCACGAUAAUGUUCCUUUACACAACUGAACUCUAUCCUACAGUAGUGCGGCAGAACGGUCUAGGCUACACCUCGUUUGUGGCACGGCUGGGCGUGUCCAUCUCCCCGCUGGUUAUGCUGUUGGAAGACGUGUGGCAGUUCCUCCCUGCUGCCACGUACUGCGCUGUGGCGGUCGGCUCCGGUUUGGUUGCUUCACUCCUGCCUGAAACAUUAAACAGCCAGCUGCCAGAGUUCAUCGAAGACAUUGAGAAACCCCAGGAGCAAGUCAACGGGGAAGAUGGAAAUUCAAUAAAAAAUUAAAACUGACCAGUAAGAAGAAAAAUGUAAUAGUGAAACUGAUUUUGAAAUAAGGAAAAGUAAACUUUUUCUCUGGACUACGUCUCAUCCUACUUGACUGUGGCUUUCCACAGCGUCUCAUAUGACAUCCUACUGGGGAGAUUAUCUUCUUCUGGCACCACAGGCCAGUUAUUUCUCAGGCACACCUCAGAUCAUUCAGAUCAAACCUUUUAUAUGUUCCCAUUUCUUUAAGGUUCUGUCCUCAGACCCCUCCUGAUCUUCAUAUACUUCCUUCCUCUUGGUAAUAUUUACCAUAAAUGUAUUAAAUCAGCUUUUCUAUGCAUGUGAGUCCUUGCUCAACAUUUCCUAAAAGGGCCGCCUCCACCUACCUAUCUUCCUCCCUCUCAAUCUCUUUGCUUUUUUUGCUUUCAUAAAUUGAUCAGAAAUAAAGCUGAGGUUCUCCUCAUUGGUACAAAGUCGAGGCUUUCUGAAGCCAGCUCCUUUCUCAUUCAACGAUGAUAAUUCCACGCUCCGCUCAGCAUAAAAGUCUGGGUGACAAGUUGGAUAGCGCUCUAUCUUUCUCUGCUCGCAUAAACAAUGUCACACAGUCUUCUCACUUUAUAUAAAAUGUAAUAAUAAAAUGGUCUCUUCUCCUCACAUCACAUGCUGUAUUCACUUCAAGAUCUUCCUGAAGUACGUUCAAGCCACUCUUGAAAAACCAUCUGAUUCAAGCUCCAUUUCAUCUAUUUGUAAUCUUUUCUGUUUUCGUUUUAUCAUUUCACCUGUCUUGUGCUGGCUCUGUUAAGUCACACAGGCUGUCUUGAAAUACAACUAAGAAAUAAAAAG